AUGCAACAAUUGUAUAGUGAAAACAAGCAACAAAAAAUUAUUAUGACUGUAAAUAAUAAUAAUAGUCGUGGCUCUUCAGUACCAAAUUUUGAAUAUGUUUCAUAUGAUAGAGUUCAAGACUUGUAUGAACAAAACAAAGGAACUUUAUAUUUCAUUCCUGAAGGCUUUGAGCCAGUUCUAGUUCCUAACGAUUCAAAAGCUCAAGCAGUCACAAAUCUAUUAGAAAAUGCUAAACCAGUAUCAGCAGCUCCAAAUGUUCCUAGAAUGUUACCUGAUACUGACGUACGUCUACCAUCAUUUGCUCUUCCAGUUGGUGUAGCUGGUCCAGCACCAAAAAGUACUUCAUCCAACACUAAAAAUAAAGUUAAAAAACCACCAAGACCACCAAACGCAUUCAUACUUUAUCGUAGAGCAAAACAACCUGGUAUUGUUGCAAAAAAUCAAGGAAUCAGCAAUAAUGAUGUUUCAAAAGAAAUUGGUAGAAUGUGGCACGAGGAACCACCAGAAGUUCGUCAAAAAUUUCAAAGAAUGGCCGACGCUGCCAAACAAGAACAUAUGAAAAAAUAUCCAGAAUACAGGUACCGUCCAAGAAGACCGCAAGAAAGAAAACGCAGAGUUCAACCACGUGAAGAAUCGCCUCAAGGAGAUCUUCAUCUUCAUCUCCCUCCUCAAAAUUUUUCUGCUCAAAAUUUAUCAAUGUUAGAUGCUUCGUCAUUCUAUCCGCCAGCAACAACAGCUAGACGCAUCUCUUCAACAAUCUCCUCGUUAGAUGUGUUCACUGAUGAUAAUAGUAAUAAUAAUAAUAGCAACAACCAUAAUAAUUAUAAUCAUAAUAGUAAUAAUGGUAAUCAUCAUCAUCAUGGUUCUUUAAUAAAUUCACCUCAACGAAUGGCAUAUUUAGAAAAUUCUAACGAGUUUAACAAUAACAGAAAUUUAAAUUAUUAUGAUAAUACAUCAAAUUAUGAUAUUGAUAGUCCAGUAUCUUCAACAAAUACUUCAAUCGUUAAUGAUCAAUCUGGUGGCAUGAUUAAUCUUAAUGCAUAUGAUAUUUCACAAAACGGAACGGGAGACUACAUAAACUAUCUUGAAUUAGCAGCAGCAACAGAUUAUCAACUUUACGAUGGCUAUGAUCAUUUCACUACAUACAUCCCUCCCGCUGCUGAUCAAUUGAUGUCGAAUGUCAAUCAGUUUUAA